AUGAAUGAAGUACGUACGCAGUUAUUGCUCUGCCAUGAUGUGUUGUGUGCGGUUAAACGUCGUAAGCGUAGCAUUUACGGACUAGACUCUAAUGGUCCCUACCUACCCGCGCCCUUUGGACCAGUACCAUUUGCACCUUUCGGUUUGGGUUCACCGUUCGCACAACCACCAUUUGCUUUGCCCUAUAGUCCUUAUGCUCCGCCGCCAUAUGCUGCGCCGCGUGCCUAUCCCUUCCUGCACGGCUAUCCUUCCUAUCCUUAUCACAAUCCAAUUUUCGCACCGCCACCUCCGCCGCUGCCACUGCCAUUUCCUCCGCCUAUUGUAGCGCCUGCCGCACCAGUGGGUCCACCGCCAGCGCCGAUUAUUGUGCCGGCUAAGACAGCCGCCGCACUGAGUAUUGCUUCGAUUAUUCACGCAUUCAUCGCGCGAAAAUUCUAUCCGCCCGUAUUGCCGGUACCCAUUGCUAGACCAGUGCCAUACCCGGUGCCUGAGAGAUCUCCUUUAUCUCCAACUUUUCCACGUUAUGGCCCUGUAACGAUGCUGAAACCGAUACCGGCUGAUGCUCAAACUGUUAGAAAUCGAACGGAGAGCUCGUGUAUGCACAAUAUUCCGGAAAUAACAKACGAAAAUCCUAUUUUCCGAGCGGCAACAACAGCUUCUACCGAAGCACCUUGGCAACCUACAGUGAUUCCCAUAAAUGAGUAG